AUGAAUACUGUUAUUGAAUAAAAUAAAUUACAGAACUUGGCUAAAUACAUUAAUCAAGAGGAAAAGAAGUUCCAAAAACAUUUAGAAAAAACAGAGAAAACAAAUUAAUAAAGAAUUGACCUUGAAGAAGAAAUACAUAAAACUCAAUUAGAGAUCAUAAGUAUAAUAUACAAUACUAUUAUGAGAGCAAAACCACUUAAAAGAGAAGGCAGAGAAGCUUCAAAAGGAUUACCCUUAAUUAAUCGAGGAUAAAUAAUAUGAGCUUAUUAAUCUCCAGAAAGAUUUAGCAUUGGCCACUGCAGCCAAGAAAGUAUAUUGAUUAUGAAACUUAGGCAGCAUAAUAAGAAUACGAUAUUUAAAUUAAACAUCUAUAGUAACAAGUUGCAGAAUUGAAAAGAGAAAAACAAGACUUAAAAAGAGAAAACUUAGGAAAAUAAGAAAAAUAAACAGCCUUGCGUGGUGACUUAUAAAAGUUUGGAAAAGCUUUAUAGAGCAGAGAAAAGCCUCCUGUUGAAUAUAAAGUCUACAGUUCUUCUGGUGGGUUUGGUCCUCUUUAUUAACCGCAAGAAUAAUAGCAAUAACAUAUAUUUUAUUGA